CCGCGCCUUCCCUUUGGUCAGGCCCCGCUGAGGACGGCUCCUCCCUCCGCCACCGCCUGCCCUCCUCCCCGACCCCCGCCCCUCCCCGGCAGCACCGCGGCUGCUACACCGGGUAGGUUUCCAGUCACUAUGGCGGCCGCUGCGCUGAAGGUCGGAGGAAAGUUUUCGUGGUCGGCGGCUGCCUGAGAGGCAGAGCUACUGAGCGGGAGGCGUCCGGGCCCGGCCGUCAGGCCUCUCCCGCCGCCGCAGGGCCGGCCGCCGCCGGACCAGCGGAGCCGCGCUCGGCGGGCGGAGAGCGCGGGGGGCUGAGGAGCGGGCCCUCCUCAUGCGCAGCCACCUGCGGAGGGGCUGAGCGGAGCGGAGGGGACGCCGCCUCUCCCGGCCCGCCACUCCCCGCGCCGGGGGUUUCUGGCAGAGACUUCCUGGAGCAGCCCCCUGCUCGCUUCCCUCCUCCGCCGGCCCCCGCGCCCCCGCCCGCCAGCAGACCCGCCGCGGAGGGACGCUUGCCCGCUGCUGCUAGCCAGAGCCAUCGCGGGCACCGCCUGGGAGCAACCUGUCAGUGCACCUCGUAGGCCGUCCCCGAAGGACCCUUCCUACGCGUUGGUUUGUCCCCAAGAGAAGGAGAGUUUGAAGCCCUCUCCAUGCCUUAUCAAGUUCCUUAUCUGAGUGGCUGCCUGAAACUGUAGACUAGUUCAGCUUUAUCUGGUGUAGGGGAGGAAAACAGUAUAGCUCUCAUACCCCAUCCUAAGUUGAGCACCACCUAUUCUGCUUUGGGUUAGUAUACGAAGAUGGUGAAAUGCGGAUUGCCUUGUGAAGCGACUAGAUCCCUGUUGUGGAGUGAGGGCUUCCAACUCCUGUUCUGUGUGCUGUGAGAGAGGACACUAAUCCUUCUCCCUCAUCCCCCUUCCCUAAACCUUGCCUUGCUUCCAUGUUGCAUUGGUCAGAAUUUUGGUCAGUGUUGUUUACGGAAGGAGGGGGGAAAGAAGGCAGUUGAGGUUACAAACAAAAGUACUUGUAUGACUCAUCUACUUGGAUUUAAGACAUUCUAUCCUUCUUUCAAGGAGCUUUUGCUUCUCUUUGAAGGAAUCAGAUGCUUGUUCCUGUUCUUCCAGAGGAGGAUGGAUUGAAAGUUGUACAUUUUAGACUUUUUUUGGGCCACUGCUGGUAUUAUUAAAAGACAUAAUGGGGCUUUUUCACUGGAUUAUUGCCAGAAUUAGUUUACACACUGAAAUAAUGAGUUGUUAGGCCUCUCCUAUGAUAAUGUUUGUCCUGCUUUAAUAUAAAGUUGCUGUGGAGGUUUGGGUUAAAAAUUGUGGAGGACAGUUUGCAUCAGAAGAGGCUCUCUUCAUCUCUGGUCAGUGUGGCAACCCCAAUCUGUCCUCGAUGCCUUCAGCCUUGGCCAUCUUCACUUGCCGCCCGAACUCUCAUCCAUUUCAGGAGCGUCAUGUCUACCUGGACGAGCCCGUCAAGAUCGGUCGCUCAGUGGCUCGCUGCCGGCCAGCUCAGAAUAAUGCAACUUUUGACUGUAAGGUGCUGUCCAGGAACCAUGCUCUUGUCUGGUUUGAUCACAAGACAGGCAAGUUCUAUCUUCAAGACACUAAAAGUAGUAAUGGUACCUUUAUUAAUAGUCAGAGAUUGAGUAGAGGAUCUGAGGAAAGCCCACCAUGUGAAAUUAUGUCAGGUGACAUCAUCCAGUUUGGAGUAGAUGUGACGGAGAACACACGGAAAGUUACCCAUGGAUGUAUAGUCUCCACAAUCAAACUGUUUCUUCCAGAUGGAAUGGAAGCUCGAUUGCGAUCAGAUGUUAUCCAUGCUCCAUUACCAAGUCCUGUUGACAAGGUCGCUGCUAACACUCCCAGUAUGUAUUCUCAGGAAUUGUUUCAGCUUUCACAGUAUCUACAGGAAGCCUUACAUCGGGAACAAAUGUUGGAGCAGAAGCUGGCAACCCUUCAGCGACUACUUGCUGUCACGCAAGAGGCUUCAGAUACUAGUUGGCAGGCUUUAAUAGAUGAAGACAGGCUGCUAUCAAGAUUAGAGGUUAUGGGAAAUCAAUUACAGGCAUGUUCAAAGAAUCAAACAGAAGACAGUAUACGAAAAGAGCUUAUAGCAUUACAAGAAGACAAACACAACUAUGAGACAACAGCCAAAGAGUCCCUGAGGCGGGUCCUUCAGGAGAAAAUCGAAGUGGUCAGAAAACUGUCUGAAGUGGAGCGGAGUUUAAGUAAUACAGAAGAUGAAUGUACUCACCUGAAAGAAAUGAAUGAGCGGACUCAGGAAGAAUUAAGAGAAUUAGCCAAUAAGUACAAUGGAGCUGUAAAUGAAAUUAAAGAUCUUUCUGACAAGCUAAAGGUAGCAGAAGGAAGACAAGAAGAAAUCCAACAGAAAGGACUGGCUGAGAAAAAAGAAUUGCAGCAUAAAAUAGAUGAAAUGGAAGAGAGAGAGCAAGAGCUUCAAGCAAAAAUAGAAGCUUUGCAGGCUGAUAAUGACUUCACCAAUGAGCGGCUAACUGCUUUACAAGUACGGUUAGAACAUCUUCAAGAGAAAACUCUUAAAGAACACAGCAGCUUAGGCAUACAAGUUGACGACUUCAUACCUAAAAUUAAUGGGAGCACAGAGAAAGAGCACUUUCUUUCAAAGAGUGGAGGGGACUGCACUUUUAUUCAUCAGUUCAUAGAAUGUCAGAACAAGAUCAUAGAUGAAGGACAUCUAACCAAAGUGGAAGAAACAAAGCUUUUGAAAGAGAGUCAAGCAAGAGUCAAAGAAUCUGAUUUGUCAGACACUCUUAGUCCAAGCAAGGAAAAAAGCAGCGACGACACUACAGAUGCCCAAAUGGAUGACCAAGAUCUAAAUGAACCUAUUGCUAAAGUAGCUCUUCUAAAAGAUGAAUUGCAGGGUGCACAGUCAGAGACUGAGGCUAAGCAAGAAAUUCAGCAACUGCACAAGGAGCUGAUUGAAGCCCAAGAGCUAGCUAGGACAAGUAAACAAAAAUGCUUUGAACUUCAAGCGCUAUUGGAAGAAGAGAGAAAAGCAUAUCGAGUGCAAGUUGAAGAAUCCAACAAGCAAAUAAAUGUUCUGCAAGCUCAGUUGCGAAGAUUACAAGAAGAUAUUGAGACUCUUCGUGAGGAAAAGGAGAAUGAAAUUUCAAGCACUCGAAAUGAACUAGUCAGUGCUCAAAAUGAGAUUCUGUCACUUCAACAAGUAGCAGAAAAGGCAGCAUCAGAACGAAAUACAGAUAUUUCUGCAUUGCAAGACGAGCUGCAAACAGUGCGAGUGGAACUUGAACGGUGGCGGAAAGAUGCCUCAGAGUAUGAAAAAGAAAUUGUCAGUUUGCAAGCCAGUUUUCAGCUCAGGUGUCAGCAGUGUGAGGAUCAGCAGAAGGAAGAGGCUACUCGCUUAAAAGGUGAACUUGAAAAGUUGAAGGCAGAGUGGAGUGCUCUGGAAGCUGAAUGUGUUACACUAAGGAAGGAAAAUACUUUGCUUACGUCUGAAGUUCAGCGACAAGAGAAGGAGCUUUCUAGCUCUCAGAAACAGAGUUUAGCGCUAACCAGCGAUAUAAGUGUUCUUGAAAUGUCUCGAAAGGAACUUGAAAAUCAGAUGGGAUCUUUGAGAGAAAAACAUCAACGGGAUGCAGCUAGUCUGAAAAGCCAACUCAGUGAAGCUGAGAGUCAAGCAAAAGAUGUUCAGAAAGAGUAUGAAAGAACACAGACUGUGCUCUCGGAGCUGAAGGCGAAGUAUGAGAUGGCUGAACAAAAAAAUCAGUCACUCACAGAAGAGCUUAAACAAUGUAAAGAAAACCUGAAGCUGCUACAAGAAAAAGGAAACAACCCUUCCAUAUUACAACCCGUCCCAGCCGUAUUCAUCGGCCUAAUCCUGGCUUUCCUGUAUUGGUGUUACGGCCCAUUGUGGUAGCGAAAGAGACAAUGGCCUUGGAUGCCUGUGAUGGCAGCUUUGGUUGCUGUAACAGCCGUGGUGCUGUACCCAGGCCUAACCAGAGCUUCUCCAUGAGAACUGUUGUUGAAUCCAUACACCGUCCUCCCUUUAGAAGCUGGCAACAUUCAUAUACUGAGGGAAAACAGAUUAAUUCUCUUCCUUUUUACCUCUUAAUACAGCACAGCUCUGCGUGAGAACAGCAGUAGGGUCAUUUGCUUUAAAGUGUAUAAAAUGUAUCUGUCUAUAAAGAGGGAAUAAAAUUGUGAUUCAUCAUACUGUGAG